GCUGCCCCAGUUUUUGUCAACCGCGACAUCUCCGAUUCUCAACAAUCCAUCCAUCUGGGUUGUUUGAGCUCUCCUCCUCUCUUUUCUUGCCCUCUGAUGAUCUGAGUGUCGACUCAGCCCCCAUUCGCGGCCUUGGCUGCGCCGUACGCCUUUGCCUUCAUGCCUCUGCCAUAGAGGGAAGCACUUUGCUAUUGCCAACAACGACUUGCCCCCUACCUUAGCUACGGGCCAUCGCCUGGAGACGCUCGAUCCUCCUGACUCACGCACGCUUGAGCGUCAUCCAUCUGACGUCCUCCCAGCCGCCUCCGCCACCGCUGCUGCCACCACCGCAGCAGUAGUACGCAUUGUCGCAAAGCCCGCACCGACUCAGCCGCUAUUUCUCAACCUAGCAUGGCGACUCGCCAGCCUAGGCCACAGGCCGACCAGCUCCCCCAGCCGAUACAGUUCCAAUCCACGACGAUUGCGCCGUCGCCUCCACCGUCCUCGAACUCGACGCCAGACAACAUGACCUCGGAACAUCACUCGGCACCAUUGCGCAUACACACAGACGUGGCCUCCGCAUCACCACACGCGCCGUCUCACCGGCACGGCUCGCACGGUCGUCCACCGAUCAACCGCAUACCAUCGAAUAGCAGUCUCCAGGUCUGUCGCACACCUAGUCUCAAGAGCUCGCUUGGCCAGGUCCUCAACGGCACCGCCAGCGGAGCCAGCAGCGUGGCCACGAGCCCCAUCAUCGCGGCCAUGGGCGACAUGACACCCUUGCCUAGUCCACUCAUGUCCGCAGACUCGCCAGGACCGUGGAAGAAGCUCAUCGCAGGCACACCACCCAGGUCGAGAGGACGCCUAGGAAGCGUAGGAGAGGAUUCCGUGUUGGGGACCAGCCCUACGAAAUCGCUGGACCCAACGUCGGCCGCACCGAGGCGGAAGACUUACACCGCGCUUGACAACCGCGCCGACGGCCCGCCGCCGACUGUUGUCUCCCACGAAACCCAGCAUACUCGCAAUCGUAGUGCGAGCGAAUAUGUGCCGGAUCCGUUAGCCAUCCCGAAGCGACACAUUACAGUCUCCGGCUCGCAUGCCCGAAAGUCGGAAACCAAACCCCAAGAACCGACCAUCCGUCGAGAGGUCCACCUGGCCGAGCAGCGGGGCCUUACACCUGCUGUUACGAAACCACCGACACCUCCACCAAGCGAAUCGUCAAACUACUCAACUUCCUCGGCGGAGAGGAAAGUCACCAGUGCUGAACUAUUCGAAGCCAGAGGCCGCCACGACCAGAAGCGCCGUCGUUGGCGAGCACUGCGACCCCUUGGACAGGGCACCUUUAGCAAGGUCGUCCUGGCGACAAGCCAAAUCGCAGCGACGGAGGACGAAUCGACCGAGAACCCGCCCUCAAGAAAGACGUUGGUGGCCGUCAAGAUAUGCGAGCAUGGGCCCCGAGGUGGCGCUAGCGAAGAUCGUAUCGAGAUGAGCUUGAAGCGCGAGCUGGAGAUUCUGCAGGACAUUCAUCAUCCCAGCCUCGUAGACCUCAAGGCGUUCAGCAUCGAGCCCACGAGGGCGAUACUGGUACUGACGUACUCGCCGGGAGGUGACCUGUUCGACGUGGCGACGCAAGCCAGGCGCUUCUUAACGCCGGUACUGCUGAGGAGGAUUUUCGCCGAGCUCGUGGGCGCCGUGCGAUAUCUGCACGACAAGAUGAUUGUCCAUCGAGACAUCAAGCUAGAGAACGUCCUCGUCAAUCUUACGCCUGCUGAGCUCGCGAACCCAGCCAUUGACUGGCUCACCUACCCCAACUCGAUCACCACGCUCACCGACCUCGGUCUGAGCCGACGGAUCACGACGCUGGACGAGAAGCUCGAGACACGGUGCGGAUCAGACGACUAUGCGGCCCCCGAGGUGAUCAUGGGCCAGCCGUACGAUGGGCGCGCCACAGACGCCUGGACGCUGGGCGUACUGCUCUACGCCUUGCUGGAAGCACGAUUGCCGUUUGACCCGCACCCGGGGAUGAGCGACGCGCACAGGAUGCGGAGUCGAACGAGCCAUCGCAUUGCGAGGGUGGAAUGGCGCUGGGUCACGUAUGCGGACGACGAGGGCGACGGCGACCCGCAGAAGUUCACGGACGCUGGGCUCGAGGGCGCCAUGGAGGUGACCGAGGGCCUGCUCAAGCGUGCGCGCAGUCGCUGGACACUGGACAAGGUCGCCAGCCGGGACUGGGUGAGUGGGGGGAUACGCGUGGAAGGCGGUCUCAAGUUCUGGGAGGAAGAGGAGGGACAAGAGGUGCCGUGAUGAUUACUCGGACGGUGGCCAUUGCGUCUUGUGUGUUGGAGUAUUGGCGUCUGUUUACUUACGAUCAGGAUGAUGGGAUAUACCUUAUUGGCAAUGGGGGAGGGCGAGGGAUACGGACUGUAACACCUGGAUACACACUAUGCUUGCCUGGCUGCCCUUUUACGCUUCUCAGAGGGCCCCAAUGGCCCGCAACACGAAAAGUCACCGACACUUGAGCGACGGUAGACGAAUUAUUACAUUAAUUGAAUGAGACAGAUGGCUUCAUGAGUUCAUUCUUGCACAGGUUUCUUGCACAGGGUAGCCGACGAUGAUUGCUAUUUGCGCUGACGAACGUUAGGAGGGAGGUUGAACGCGACGCAGCACAUGGCACCAAGAGAGCUUGGCCGAGGUCUUGGAGGGCUAAUAGCUGUUACGUCAAGCGUG